GUUCCAGGAUACAUUAUUUCAAAUUAAUAUUUUGCCCAACAAUUCAUUGAAGUAAUUAAAUGGUAAGGAUAACAACGAAGGAGUCUCAGAAAUCCCCUUAUUUAGAUGAAGUAACUGAAGCUGAUGCAGUACCAUCGUUUGACAGUAUUGAAUCAGCAUUGGAAGGUUUCCGGGAAAAAGUCUUUGAGGAUUUGAAGCUGUUUACUUCAGGAGUAGGAAAAUCGAAACUGAAUUACCAACGAGAAGAUUUUGUCAAAAGUUGUGCCAGUGAUACGAAUGAUAGCAACACGUUUUCUGCUUCGACAUCCAUAGAUUCAUCCGUAAUACGACAAAAAGAAAAGGAAUGCAAUGAUUCCGUUACAUAUCCAACAAGUUGUCGUUUUUGUGGUGGAAUGUUGCGUGCAAUCGAUAAACAUCGCGAAGAUGGGAUGCUUACAUUACAAUGUAGGCGUCGCAAAUGUAUAAGAUUUAAUGGUGUUACUGCUGAUAAGAACGCCAAACAGUUCUUAUCAGAGAUGGCGAAACCAAAGGCUUCACAAAUUAAUUAUGGUUGGUAUCUAUCAGACCCAGUGAGACAUUCUUAUAGGAUUUUUGCUAGCCAUGGCGAUCCUUCAGAUUCAGAAGUUGAUAGGUCAAAUGUGGAUGUCCGACCAAUUAUUCGAAAUGGAAAUAUAAUGCUUCGGGUUUUCGGACAAAGACAGCUGGCUAAAUUAUUGUGAAUCAGAUUCAGAAUCUUUUGCAUUCAAUGUUGUAGUCGUAUUAUGCAUUUACUUCAAUUUUUUAUAUUUUUGUUCCUCUUCAUUCACCAAGUCUGCACAUUAAUCAUUUUUAUAAUUGUCGCGCGACCGCCUCGCUGGGGAAUGUAUCUUUCCUAUGAGACUGGCUAUAAUACGGUUGAAUUCUAGUCCCUUCGAAAAG